AUGUCUAAAGUACCUCAAAUGGCUUCAGAGGUCAAUAUACUCAAGACUAAAGCUGCCAAUAAGAAAGGACCAGGUUCAGAUGAUGUUGAGACCGUGUGGCCAAAACCUGAAUUCGGCCCAUCAACAACAAUUGAUAAUAUCACUAAAGAAGGUAAAACCAUAACUGAAUUCGUAGUUCCUGCAGGAUCGAUGUUUUCUCUAGGUGCAGCAAUACCGAAUCAUACAGUCCUUCAAUGGGGAGCUUAUUUCCCUCCUGGAACAAUGUUCCCAGAUGGUGUUCUAGUACCUAUUCACGCAAGGAUGGUAUCUGUACAACCUCUCAAAACCCUACCACCACCUGCAAUGCCCUCAGAGCCAGUUUGUAACAUCAUGUAA